AUGGCUUCAAUUCUACGAGCAGUAACAAGUAGUUCAACACCAGGUGUCGAUUCAACUAAUCCAGCAAAUGAUAUAGGCAAACGUUUAGCUAAAUGGGCACUUGUUAUUGGUGUACCGACAGCAGUUUGUGUUGCUGCUUAUUUAGUUUAUCGUCAACAACAAGAUCAAGCUAAAAAAUCAGCGACUAGACGUUCACCUCUACCUACACCAUUGACAAGUAUAACAGGAACAACAAUUCCAUCAACAAAAGCGGGUGGAGAUGCACUUUCAACAUCUGAUAGUCGAACAAAAAAUCGUUUAACUCUAGCAAUUCAAUUAAAAAAUGAAGGAAAUAUAAAAUAUCGAGAAAAUAAAUUCAAUGAAGCUAUUAUCGCUUAUACUAAAGCAAUUGAUGCUUGUCCAUCUGAAUCAAAGGAAGAACUUUCACAAUUUUAUCAAAAUCGAGCAGCAGCAUGGGAAUCCUUAAAAAAUUAUAGUAAAGUUAUUGAAGAUUGUUCACAAGCUAUUGAACUUAAUCCAAAAUAUAUCAAAUGUAUUCAAAGACGUGCUCGUGCUGCUGAAAAUAUUGAGAAUUUUCAAUUAGCUCUCGAAGAUUAUUCAACAGUAUGUUUUCUUGAUUCAUAUCAACCAGCAUAUAUUAUGGCUGCUGAUAAAGUUCUUACUAAUCUUGCUAAACAUUAUAUUGAAACAAUGCCACCAAGUACUGCUGAAUUAUCAAAAGAUUAUGUUCGUACAUCAUUAAAUGAAUUCGAAGAUGAUCCAAUAUUCAAUUCAACUAUUAUUAAUGAAAUUCGUACAGCUCAGCCAGAUAGUCCAUUAGCACGUGCAUAUCAAGCAUAUAAUGAAUCUCGUUUUACAGAUAUACCAUCAUUAUGUACACAAGAAAUUGAAUUAUCCAUAAGUUCACCCUAUAAAUUACAAGCUUUAUUACUUCGUGGUUCAUUUUAUUUACUUAUGGGUAAUUAUAAAGAAGCAUCAGCUGAUUUUGAUGCCGUUAUUAAUGAUUCAAAUGCUACAGAAAAUAUGAAAAUCAAUGCAGAAUUAAAACGAGCUAAUACAAAAAUUCAUCAACGUGAUGUCGAAGGAGCAAUGUAUGAAUAUGAUCAAUGUAUAAAAAAUCAUCCAAAUGCAUGUGGACCACGUGUUCAUCGUGGCAUGUUAAAAACAUUAUUAGAAAGCUAUUCUGAAGCUCAUGAUGAUUUUAGUGAAGCAUUGAAUAUUUCACCAAUAAAUCUUCGAGCUAAAUAUCAAAAAUUAAUCAACGAUGCAAAAAUAGGCAAUAAAGAAAAUAAACCCGAUAAAGUUGAACAAUCAUUAGGAAGUUUUGAAGAAUAUUAUGAUUCAUGUAAACAUGAUAUUUAUUAUGCACUUGCAUUAACAUCUUGUUAUUUGGAUAAUGAUCGAAAAGAUAAAGCACUUGAAUAUUUAAAAAAAUUUGUUAAAGAAAUUCCAAAUAAUCCAACAUUAUUAGCACUUAAAGCUAAUUGUUUAAUGGCAACAGAUCCAUCGAACAAUGUUGAAGCUGAAAAAUUAUUUACACAUGCUCUUGAAAUUGAUCCAUCGAAUGAAACUGUUCUAACAAUGUUUGCUAUAUUUAAAUGCAAUCGAAAUCAAUUUGAAGAAGCAGCUAAUUUAUAUGAACGUGCAAUACAAUGUAGUCGUGGUGAAGAAAAACUUAUGCAAUAUGCUGCUCUACUUUAUGCUAUUCGUGCACAAGGAAGAGCUAUGAAAAGACUUAGUCUCAAUUUUCCAGGUGGAUUUCCACAAGCCAAUGGGCCGUUACCUAGUUGGAUGGGUGGAAUGAAUUAA